AUGGCGGCCAGCACGAAACCGAGUGCGGGUAACGGCGGCUAUGUGGAGCUCGCCACGCUAAGCUACGGCGGCCCUGUGCCGAAGCCCCACCCGCCCUGCAUGGAUCCCACGCCAGACGAGCAGUACCGUCAGUUCUUGGAACAGCGAAAAACGGACCUGGGGGAGCGCGAGCAGCGCAGCGCGGGGACCACGACAGCUGCCCCAGGCGGCCACGCCGACUCCUCCAACGUCGCUGGCCUGUUUUCCACCGCCACGACGAGCCUACUAAACAUGGCGCAGAAGGUGGCGCUCAAGGUGGAGCGCGCGGGGACGGAGGUGUCAACUGCGACCGAGUCUGCCGUGCGGCAGAUGGGGCGGCACUUCAACGUCGACCGCUUCAAAAGCAGCUUUCCGGAGCUUAGCGCAAUGGGGGAGGUAUUGCUGGCGGACUACGACUGUGCCGCGAUGCACGCAGGGCUGCGGGUGAAGGGGCACAUGCACAUUACCAAAAACUACCUCUGCUUCAGCGCGCAAACCUCGUCCAUGUUUGCCCAGGCGACCACUGCCAUGCUAAAGGAAAUCGCUCUCGCUUCAGAUGGCAACACUCCGGCGGGCAUUCGUCAAGUUAUUCCGCUCACCGAAGUUGCCUGUAUUUUGCUUUCCGUCGCGCUGGAGACGGUGGAUCAGGGGCCUCCGUUCUUCCUGCCGAUUCCCGUCCCGACCGUGCGGCCAACGUCCCUACAGAUCUACACAACCAAGCAGCAGCUGUUUCAAUUCCUUGCCUUCGAGAGCAUUGCGGCAACCGCAGGGGCUGCCUUGUCGGAGGCCGUAAAGGGCCGCCCCAUUGACCGCGCGUACAACUACCUCGACCACGCGUGGCGCGCCGCCACAGCCGUCCCGCUCCCCGGCGUGAACUACGCCAGCUGA